CAAAAGUCACAUUUGCAGUUUAAUAGGUCUGACAUAGAGGCCUCAUCUGCCUGAAAUAAAUCCAACUUUAAAAAAAUAAAAGUGAGGUUACUUCUUUUUUACGAACGGCAGUGGAAAUAAGCUAGCCAAAAUGGUUAAGAUUAUGAAAAGUGGUAAGGUGGUGCUGGUCCUUAGUGGACGGUACGCCGGACGUAAAGCUAUCGUCGUAAAAAACUACGAUGAUGGUACCACGGAAAAGCCCUAUGGACAUGCUUUGAUUGCUGGUAUCGACCGGUACCCACGCAAGGUCCACAAACGUAUGGGCAAAGGAAAGAUCCACAAGCGUUCCAAGAUCAAGCCUUUCGUUCGUGUUUUAAAUUACAACCAUUUGAUGCCAACCAGGUACACGGUUGAUUUACCGCUGGACAAAGUGACAGCCAAGGACUUGAAGGAUCCAGUGAAGAGAAAGAAGGUUAAAUUCCAAACACGUGUCAAGUUUGAAGAAAGGUACAAGAUGGGUAAGAACAAAUGGUUCUUCCAAAAGUUACGUUUCUAAACUGGUUUCAUUGGUUUCAAUUAAUAUAAAACACUAAAAUUAAAUAAAAUUAACAUCUGAAAAUAA